UUCUGAGCUCUCAUCAUGGCGGCGGCCGCGGCGGCCGUCGGGGGGCCGCAGCCGCCCCAGCCCGAGCUGCCCGCGCAGGGGCUGGCCCUCGACAAGGCGGCCACUGCGGCGCACCUGAAGGCGGCCCUCAGCCGGCCGGACAACCGCGCAGGUGCCGAGGAGCUGCAAGCGCUGCUGGAGCGGGUGCUGAGCGCCGAGCGGCCGCUGGCUGAGGCUGCAGGCGGCGAGGGGGCGGUGGGCGGCGGCGGGGGCGGCCCGGGCACGGCCGAGGAGGAGGCCCUGGAGUGGUGCAAGUGCCUGCUGGCUGGCGGCGGCGGCUACGAGGAGUUCUGCGCGGCGGUGCGGGCCUACGACCCCGCGGCGCUGUGCGGCCUGGUGUGGACUGCCAACUUCGUGGCCUACCGCUGCCGGACGUGCGGCAUCUCCCCCUGCAUGUCGCUGUGCGCCGAGUGCUUCCACCAGGGCGACCACACCGGACACGACUUCAACAUGUUCCGCAGCCAGGCCGGGGGCGCCUGCGACUGCGGGGACAGCAACGUGAUGCGGGAGAGCGGGUUUUGCAAAAGGCAUCAAAUUAAAUCAAGUUCAAAUAUCCCCUGUGUUCCCAAAGACUUACUGAUGAUGUCUGAAUUUGUUCUCCCACGAUUUAUUUUUUGCCUUAUUCAGUACUUAAGAGAAGGCUAUAAUGAACCAGCAGCUGAUGUACCAUCAGAAAAAGACCUUAACAAAGUCCUUCAGCUCUUGGAACCUCAAAUUUCCUUUUUAGAAGACCUAACUAAAAUGGGAGGAGCAAUGAGGUCUGUUCUUACUCAGGUUUUGACAAACCAACAAAACUACAAAGAUCUGACUUCUGGUCUUGGAGAAAAUGCUUGUGUGAAAAAGAGUCAUGAAAAGUACCUUGUAGCUUUGAAGAGCUCUGGACUCACAUAUCCCGAGGAUAAGCUUGUGUAUGGCAUGCAGGAGCCAUCUGCUGGUACCAGUACUCUGGCUGUUCCAGGUUUUGGAGGUGCAACAGGAACAUUGGGACAAGCAGAUUCUUCAGAUGAGGAGGAUCAGGAUGAGAGUCAAGGCCUGGGCAAGAGAAAGAGGGUAAAACUAAGCAGUGGUACCAAAGAUCAAUCCAUAAUGGAUGUUUUAAAACAUAAAAGUUUUCUAGAAGAACUAUUGUUUUGGACAAUAAAGUAUGAAUUCCCUCAGAAGAUGGUAACUUUCUUACUCAACAUGCUUCCAGAUCAAGAAUAUAAGGUUGCUUUUACAAAAACUUUUGUUCAGCAUUAUGCUUUCAUUAUGAAAACACUGAAGAAAAGUCAUGAAUCGGACACAAUGUCCAACAGAAUUGUGCAUAUUAGUGUUCAGUUGUUCAGCAAUGAGGAGCUAGCCAGACAAGUGACAGAAGAAUGUCAGUUGCUGGAUAUUAUGGUCACUGUGCUGUUAUACAUGAUGGAAAGUUGCCUUAUUAAAAGUGAGCUGCAAGAUGAAGAAAAUAGUUUACAUGUGGUGGUGAAUUGUGGAGAAGCAUUACUGAAGAAUAACACUUACUGGCCUCUUGUUAGUGAUUUUAUUAAUAUUCUUUCUCAUCAAAGUGUUGCUAAGAGAUUUUUGGAGGACCAUGGUUUGUUAGUUACUUGGAUGAACUUUGUAUCUUUCUUUCAAGGUAUGAACUUAAACAAGCGAGAGUUAAAUGAACAUGUUGAGUUUGAGUCUCAGACCUACUAUGCUGCCUUUGCUGCUGAACUUGAGGCCUGUGCACAGCCAAUGUGGGGACUUUUAUCACACUGUAAAGUCAGGGAAACUCAAGAAUAUACCCGAAAUGUUGUAAGAUAUUGCCUUGAAGCUCUUCAAGACUGGUUUGAUGCUAUUAAUUUUGUAGAUGAGCCAGCACCUAACCAAGUCACUUUUCAUCUGCCACUACAUCGUUACUAUGCUAUGUUUUUGAGUAAGGCUGUGAAAUGUCAAGAAUUAGAUUUGGAUUCUGUUUUACCAGAUCAGGAAAUGUUAAUGAAACUAAUGAUUCACCCACUCCAAAUUCAAGCAAGUCUUGCUGAAAUCCACAGCAAUAUGUGGGUAAGAAAUGGCCUACAAAUCAAAGGACAAGCCAUGACCUAUGUCCAGUCUCAUUUCUGUAAUUCUAUGAUUGAUCCUGACAUUUACCUAUUACAGGUUUGUGCUUCUAGACUUGACCCAGAUUAUUUUAUAUCAUCUGUCUUUGAAAGAUUUAAGGUGGUAGAUUUAUUGACAAUGGCAUCACAACAUCAAAACACAGUACUUGAUGCGGAGCACGAGAGAUCCAUGUUAGAAGGCGCUCUUACGUUCCUUGUGAUUCUUUUGAGUCUUCGUUUACAUUUAGGAAUGUCUGAUGAUGAGAUUCUCAGGGCCGAGAUGGUAGCCCAGCUGUGUAUGAAUGACAGGACACAUAGCUCAUUGCUGGACCUCAUUCCAGAAAAUCCCAAUCCCAAAAGUGGCAUCAUCCCAGGCAGUUAUAGCUUUGAGUCAGUUUUAUCAACUGUAGCUGAUUUUAAGGCUCCUGUUUUUGAACCUGGAGGUUCCAUGCAACAAGGCAUGUAUACUCCCAAAGCUGAAGUCUGGGAUCAGGAAUUUGACCCCGUCAUGGUCAUUCUUCGAACAGUUUACCGUAGAGAUGUACAGUCUGCAAUGGACAGAUACACAGCAUUUUUAAAACAGAGUGGAAAAUUCCCUGGAAAUCCCUGGCCUCCUUAUAAGAAAAGGACAUCACUUCAUCCUAGCUAUAAAGGUCUCAUGAGACUUUUGCACUGUAAAACUUUACACAUUGUGCUAUUCACUCUACUUUACAAGAUUUUGAUGGAUCAUCAAAAUCUGUCAGAACAUGUACUCUGCAUGGUCUUGUAUCUGAUUGAAUUAGGACUUGAAAAUUCUGCUGAAGAUGAAUCAGAUGAAGAGGUAUCAGUGGAUGGACCAGAACGAUGUCAUGACAGUUGGUUUCCUGGGAGUAACUUAGUAUCAAACAUGCGACACUUUAUAAACUAUGUUAGAGUGAGAGUUCCAGAGACUGCUCCUGAAGUGAAGAGAGACCCACCUGCAAGUACAAGCUCUGAUAGCUUGGGUUCGUUACAAAAUUCUGGCACAGCUCAAGUUUUUAGCUUAGUAGCAGAGCGUAGAAAGAAAUUUCAGGAGAUCAUCAAUCGCAGUACCAGUGAAGCAAAUCAGGUGGUUCGUCCCAAAACUUCAAAUAAAUGGUCUGCUCCCGGAUCAGCUCCCCAGUUAACAACAGCCAUUUUGGAAAUUAAAGAAAGCAUAUUGUCUUUGCUUAUUAAACUUCACCACAAACUCUCAGGAAAACAAAAUUCCUACUAUCCUCCUUGGCUUGAUGACAUCGAAGUUUUAAUUCAACCAGAAAUUCCUAAAUACAGUCAUGGAGAUGGUAUAACUGCAGUAGAAAGAAUUUUACUAAAAGCCGCAUUGCAAAGCAGAAUGAACAAACGCAUCAUUGAAGAGAUAUGUAGAAAAGUGACCCCUCCUGUACCACCUAAAAAAAUCACUGCAGCAGAGAAGAAAACUCUGGACAAAGAAGAAAGGCGACAAAAGGCUAGAGAGAGACAGCAGAAAUUGCUUGCAGAAUUUGCUUCACGACAGAAAAGCUUUAUGGAAACUGCAAUGGAUGUUGAUUCUUCUGAGAAUGAUAUUCCUAUGGAAAUCACCACAGCAGAACCACAAGUUUCUGAGGCAGUAUAUGACUGUGUUAUAUGUGGACAGAGCGGCCCUUCCUCUGAAGACCGACCUACUGGGCUGGUUGUACUAUUACAGGCAUCCUCAGUUUUAGGGCAGUGCCGUGAUAAUGUUGAGCCAAAAAAGUUGCCAAUCACUGAAGAAGAGCAGAUUUACCCUUGGGACACAUGUGCAGCAGUGCAUGACGUGAGGCUUUCGUUAUUACAGCGUUACUUUAAGGAUAGUUCUUGUCUUUUGGCAGUAUCAAUUGGCUGGGAAGGAGGUGUUUAUGUACAAACCUGUGGCCAUACCUUGCAUAUAGAUUGUCAUAAAUCUUACAUGGAAUCAUUACGGAAUGACCAGGUUCUUCAGGGCUUCUCGGUGGACAAAGGAGAAUUCACCUGCCCUCUCUGUAGGCAGUUUGCUAACAGUGUUCUUCCUUGUUAUCCUGGAAGCAAUGUGGAAAAUAACCUUUGGCAACGUCCUAAUAACAAAAGCAUAAAAGAUCUCAUAAAGGAAGUGGAGGAGCUGCAGGGACGGCCGGGAGCUUUCCCAUCAGAAACCAACUUAAGCAAGGAAAUGGAAUCUGUAAUGAAAGAUAUAAAAAAUACAACUCAGAAGAAAUAUAGAGACUAUAGCAAGACUCCAGGCUCACCAGACAAUGAUUUUCUUUUCAUGUACUCUGUUGCUAGAACAAAUUUGGAACUUGAAUUGAUUCAUAGAGGAGGUAAUUUGUGUUCUGGUGGUGCAAGCACGGCUGGAAAAAGGUCUUGUUUAAAUCAGCUGUUUCAUGUAUUAGCCUUACACAUGCGACUUUAUAGCAUUGACUCUGAGUAUAAUCCUUGGAAAAAGCUCACCCAGUUAGUAGAAGAUAUGAAUUCACAAUUAGAGGAUAAUAAAGAACAUUCAUUUGAGGUUUCAUUGUUUGCAGAACUUUUCAGUGCAAUGCUUCAAAGAGAUUCUGAUGAUUCUAAAGAUGACGAUGAAACUGAAGAAGAUAAUAAUCAAGAUGAAUAUAACCCAGUGAAAGCAGAAGAAGCUGAGGAUGAUGAGGAUGAUGGGAAUGAGGAACAAAUGAACAAUCGAGAUGACAAAACAGAUAUCAACAGAUAUUGCAAGGAGAAACCAUCUAAAGAUAAGGAAAAAGAAAAGACUCAGAUGAUCACAAUUAACAGGGAUCUCUUAAUGGUCUUUGUUUAUUUUGAUCAAAGCCAUUGUGAUUACCUUCUUUCAAAAGAUUUGGAAGAAAUGCUCUGUACUCUUGGACUGCAUCUUUCUCAAGCUCAGGUAGAACACUUUACCUGCAUUGUGAAGGUGCUUUUUACCCUACUGUACACACAGGCUCUGGCAGCACUUUCAGUUAAAUGCAGUGAGGAAGAUAGGUCAGCCUGGAAACAUGUGGGAACUCUCAAAAAGAAUACAUUUGAUGCUGAAAAGUCUUAUGAAGUGGUAUUGAGCUUUGUUAUAAGCGAACUAUCUAAAGGAAAGUUAUACCAUGAAGAAGGGACUCAAGAGUGUACAAUGGUUAGUCCUAUUGCUUGGUCUCCAGAAUCCAUGGAAAAAUACUUACAAGACUUCUGCUUACCUUUCCUUAGAAUCACCAGCCUUCUUCAGCACCACCUUUUUGGGGAAGAUUUACCUAGUUGCCAGGAAGAAGAAGAAUUUUCAGUUCUUGCCAGCUGCCUGGGACUUCUGCCAACAUUUUAUCAAACAGAACAUCCAUUCAUCAGUGCCUCCUGUCUGGAUUGGCCAGUUCCAGCAUUUGAUAUUAUAACUCAGUGGUGUUUUGAGAUAAAAUCAUUUACUGAAAGACAUGCAGAUCAAGGAAAGGCCUUGCUUAUCCAAGAGUCGAGAUGGAAGUUACCACACCUAUUACAGUUGCCUGAGAACUACAAUACCAUUUUUCAGUACUACCACAGAAAAACCUGUAGCGUCUGCACGAAGGUUCCUAAAGACCCUGCUGUUUGCCUUGUUUGUGGUACUUUUGUGUGCCUGAAAGGACUCUGCUGCAAGCAACAGAGUUACUGUGAAUGUGUAUUGCAUUCUCAGAACUGUGGUGCUGGAACAGGGAUUUUCCUUUUGAUCAAUGCAUCAGUGAUUAUCAUUAUUCGAGGUCACCGCUUCUGCCUCUGGGGUUCUGUGUACUUGGAUGCUCAUGGAGAAGAAGACCGGGAUCUUAGGCGAGGCAAGCCUCUCUACAUUUGUAAGGAAAGAUACAAAGUUCUUGAACAGCAGUGGAUUUCUCAUACUUUUGAUCACAUCAAUAAAAGAUGGGGUCCACAUUAUAAUGGACUGUGACUUACCACCUCAGCAUUUCAUUGUAUCAUCAUUUUCAUUAAGAAUUGAUUUUAUCAACAAUAAGCUUUAACUUAAUUUAGGGGAUUAACGCUUUUGCUGAAGGAAAAAAAAACAUUAUGAAGCCUUUUCAAAAUUAGGUGCUUGGUAAUCACGUUAAUGAUAUAAUAAUUGUUUUUAAAAUAUCUGGGAAGCAUAACAGAUAAGUUGAAUCAUUCUUUAGUGGUCAUUUUUUUAAGUGCACAAUUAAUAAAAAGCACAAUUUGUCCACACAAUCAUUCAGAAAAUGAUUCUCCCAACAAUGCAUAUCAGCUAUUUAUUGACACUUAGAGUGGGUGUGAUUUUUUUUUGAAGUUGUGCUGCUGCUUUCUGUUUUAAUUUGCAUCUGCUAAACAUAAUGCAUCUUUUUUUCUGUGCCUUUCUUGUGUUGAUUUGAGAUUUUUGCUGUAUGUAAUUAGAAAAAAUGUAAAACACAAUUUAUGUGAAAUAUUGUAUAGUAAAAGUUAGUCUAAUAGAACUUUAAAAUUUUUUCUUAUUGUGAGGAUCUGUUAAAAGUUUAAGGCUUUGCUGAAAACUUCAUUCUCAGGAAUUUCAUAAAUAUUCUCCCCAGGUAAAUAAUUGAAAUAGCUGUAAAAUAAGUAGAUAGCUGCUGUUAAUAUAAUACAGUACAUUUUGUGGGGCAUAUGUGUGGUUGGGAAUACUUAAAAGUCAAAAUUUUGGAGCUGCAGAUGUAGCCCAGUGGGAGAGUGUUUGCCUAGCAUGCACAAGGUGCUGGGUUUGAUCUUAACCAAAAAAAAAAAAAAAGGAAAAAAAAAUCAAAAUUAUUAAAACUUGCCAUUUCAUUUAGGUGAAUUACUAGAGCUAGUAUCAAGUAGAUUUUUACUAUAAAAAUCAAAAAGUUUUAGAACAUACACAUGGCAGAUUUUGAGUCUGUGCAUGCCCACCUUUUAUUACUAACAAAGUUUUUGUUUAUAUGAUUGGAUUGGAAAUGCUCAUACUUCCCAACAAAUGAACCAUAAAUUUUAGAACUUUCCUGUCAACUCAAGAAGUUCAGCUAUAUUGUAUUCAUGCAGUGUAAUCAUUGUUGUUUCUGGUUGGUUUCCUAAAAAGAAAAAGUAAUGAUGACCCUCAUGAAUGAGCCAUGCAUCUGAAUUCUUUUUAGAAACUGCCAGGAAAAGUAAUUUUAUGUUUGUUGGGUUUUUAAAUCAGUAAGAACAGGAAUCAUUGAGCUCUAACCCACUCUAGAAUUAGGGAAGAAAGAUUAUAGAAAAGCAUGUUAUAUAUUGCUACCAAGAUUAUUUUCCUCAAAUGAUUCAGUAAUUUGAUAAUUAUUUCAUACAUAGUGUUAUCAAUCAAUUCCUGGUAGUUUGGACUUCCAUGGCUUGUUAUAUGAAACUACAGUUUUACAUGUAAGAAUAAGAAACAUCUAUUGAUAAAAUAUAAAAAUAAUAUUAGAUCCAUAUUCCAAAAUUUCUUGAAUGACAUGACAUAAAAUAUGAAAAUGAACAUUAAAUGAUGGGUUUGCAUUAAAAUAGGGAAAACAGAGCAGUACACAUUCAGAUGUGUUCAGAACACCAAAAAAAUUGGGUAUUCUCUAUAAGAAAAUACAUGGAAAUAGCUUGCUAUUUUUGUAUACAUUUCCAAAAUAUUAAGAUAACUUUCUGUAAAACUAGACUGAUUCUGUUUGGCUAAAUCACUGUCCUUUCAAACACAUUGCUACUUUUUAAAAUAUUGUAUCAUAAGUUCAGCCUGUCAUAUUUUUUGCAUUGCUCAUUAUGAAUACCAGACCAUUUUGUAAGUGUGGUUGAAGAGCAAAAUGGUAAUUUACAUCUCUAGUAAACACUGUUAUAGGAUUCAUGAACUUGAAUAAUUCUACAGUUUGAAAUUCUGAUGCUAUAUAUACAUGGUAUAAUGUAUUCAGACUUUGAUUACUACAUAUUUAAAAUGGAAUGUUUUAUGGUUGUGCAUAUGGAUGUGAAGUGAAAAUAUUAGCCUUAACUUUAAAAUUUGGGUAUUUGAUAGUGUUUAUUUUGAUAUUGGUGAAUUAGUCACCGGUAAAUUCUAAAAAAGCAUUUGGUUGAAAAUUGUACUUGAAUAAAUACAUGCAUGCUGCUAAACUAGAACUUUAAUUUUUCCCCAUAACUUUUGUAAGUCCCAUUUAUAAACCCACUUUUAAAAAUAACAGGUCCAAGUUAGGGUGAUGUGUGUAUAUUAUUCAAAAAAAAUGUACUGGUGUGAUAUCUUGUAUGAAUGAUCAUUUAAAUACAGUACAUUACUGUAGAAGCUAAAUCAACCUUUAUAAUUAAACAGAAAUUAUAAACUAGAAAUAAUCAACAUUGUAAGAUAUGUUAAUAAAAACCUACUGUCAUUUGGUUUGUGAAAGGUCCUUAAA